AUGGGAAGAUCGGUAGGCUACGCGUAUCUGCUAAGACGUCUCACCUCGAUGUGGAAGCCGAAGGGGAAAAUGGAGCUCAUCGCGAUUGAUAAUGGCUAUUUCAUCGUCCGUUUCGGCGCGGUGGAGGAUCUAGAACACGCGAUGUUUGAGGGUCCAUGGAUGAUCAUGGACCAUUACUUGCUUGUUAAACCAUGGAUACCGGAUUUCGACCCCUACGCCGAUGUCACAGAGAAAAUCCUAGUGUGGGUAAGAAUCCCGUGCUUACCAGCUGAGUACUAUAACUUGAUUUUCCUUAGGAAGCUCGGGAACAAGGUGGGGAAGACGAUCCGCGUGGAUCAAGCUACAAGCCAGGUGUCGAGGGGUAUGUUCGCACGCAUAUGUGUGGAGGUUGAUAUACGGAAGCCACUCAUCUCAAAAUUCACCUAUAAGCAGCGAGUGAGGUCGGUGGCGUACGAAGGCAUCCACUUAGUGUGUUUCUCAUGCGGAAUAUACGGUCACUCGACAGAGACAUGCCCCAAAACGAACAAACCUGCAUCGGAAAGUGAAGAAACAGGAAGCAAGAAAGAAGGCAACGCUGGAUCAGGGGACGUGCAUGGAGUCAUUGUUGGCGUUGAACCUUUUGGGAAAUGGAUGAUCGCUCUGGGGCGCAAGGGCAGAACUGGGGGUCGGCAGUAUGAGAGAAACAAUGGUGGAGCGGUUGGGAAGAAGCAGGUUGCGCAAUCUGGAAAUUCUGGGCAGAUUAAAAAACCUCCAGUGACCAGAUUUUCGGCUCUUGUUGAUUUGGAGGAGGCUGGGGUGAUGCAUUGGGAGGAGGACAUGAAUGGGGAUGCAAAUGUUGACCAGUUUUUGGAGAAUUGGGAUGCUGGUAAAACUCUGCAGUCUAACUUACACGCUGAGCAGGGGGCGAAGAAUGGCAGAAGACGUCCAAAUGUAGUUAUAGCUGAGAAGCAGGUUCAGAAUGAACCGUUUGUGCCAGAGGUUGUCCGGGGGAGGGGAGAAGAAGAGAUUUCAAGGGGGCUACGCGUAAGACGGGGGGUUGGAUCGAGACGAGCGGCGGAAGAAGACGAACAUACAGUCGUCAGAGGUGAGCAAGGCGGUCUUGUUAUUCAUGCAUCACGUGUGGUGGUGGGGAACGAGGCCGGUGACUUACCCCCGCCCGUUUGGCAACCUACUGAAGAACACCACGCUGACCCGCCGGACUGUUUCGACAAUGAAGGGGAUGCAGUCAUGGAAGUUGAAGGCAAUCCAGCGGAUCAGGAGGUUUAUGAGGCCCCUUUGGGCGUUUGA